AUGAUGGAUCGCAGCCGGUUGAACUCACUUUUUGGGCCGGAGCCACUAGGUUCAAUAUACGAAGGCACUCUUGAAAUUUCACAAAGGAAUCCAGACGCUUAUGACUCACGAACGUUUUCACAUGAUAAAAUAAACAUAGUAAAAGAUCCUCUAAUAAAAAAAGUCGUAGAGAACUUAGAUUUGGCUUAUAAACACACGCAACAAACAACAGAAAAAACGCAGUUUAAAAAAUCAAACAACGCAGUAGAUUCAGUUAAAAAUCGCCCUAAAAAUCAAUUAGAAAAAACAACUGUCUCGGAUAAAUCACUUAAAAAGUCCGUAGAUGUGAUUAUCGUACCACUAUUGAGGUUGCUAGUCCAGUCAGGAUUCUACAUGACCACUUCAUCAUGCUCAGGAAGAAUCGUAUUCUUUGAAAAGGACAGACACUACCAAGGCAAGGAUAACUUGAUCUACGGGAGGUCAGGGAGGAUUCUUUACUCCUCACACUUUCCAAUUAUACAGAACAAGUUCGAACUCCUAUUAGCUUCUGUGGAUUCGAACCCGAAAUAUAAGUUUGAUUGCUACAAAAGUGACCACGAGGAGGAAGUCGAUGAACUUUUGCACGAAUCUCAGACAAAUUUGACAAAUGAGUCUGGAUUCUCCGAGAAUGAGGUGAUCCUUAAGUUUGAGCCGUUCAUCGUCCACGUGCAAUGCAGAAACAUGGACGCAGCAGUAAAACUGAUGGAUAUGUGCAAGAACGUAGGCCUGAAGCAGUCGGGAAUUAGCUCGUACGGAAGAAAGAUCAUCGUCGCAGUCAGGGGGAACGGCUCGUUGGAGUCGCCGAUAAUGAUUAAGAAGUACAGAAUCGAGAACUACUUGCCAAGGCUUGUGGAGAACAAGCACCUGGUAAAUGACGAGUACUUGACAUACCUGAUUAAUUGCUGUAAUCGGAAGAUGGUUCGUAACAUUUACCAAAUUGUUAGGCUGUACCAUAGGUUGAAGGAGGAAUUUAAGUGCAAUGAACAUGAGUUUAAGAAUAGUCAAAAUAAAAAGAUCCGUUACCCAAUAGGUCCAAUGUGUUUGAAUUGGCACGAAUAUAGUACGGAAUAUAAAGAUUUGUUCUCACAGAAAAAGUUGAAAUACAGGAGUACCUUUUCGUUGCCCUUUGGAGUUGACAUCCCAGUGGGAGUGUUGUCGUUUUCAGAGACGUCGAAAAACCUGCUGAGGACACAGUGCUGCCUGACGUCGUCGAAAAGGUACGUCGUGAUAUUUGGAGGAGAUGAAAAGGCGACGUCGAAGACGAUAUGCGUGUUAGACCUGGAAAAGGCGCACAAAGGCUUCAUGGUGUUUGACAUCGGCAUGGAAGGGCCGGAGCCGACGAAGGACACGGAUAUGAUCUGCGACGGAGACGUCUUUAUAACACACGGAGGGAUGAAGAACAUGAAGCUGUACUCAAACCACGUGUACGUGUUGUACGUGUAUCAAGACGAAGUCGGAGACACAGGAACAACGUGGCUUAAGUGUGAAGUGAAAGGGUCGAAAGCACCUAAGCCGAGACACAGGCACUCGAUGUGCCUGGAAAAGAGGACGCUGAUAGACCAAGGGACCGACCUGACGUCCCCGUUUCUGUGCUACGAAACGAAGUUCUUUGUCGCAGGAGGAUUCUCGACGGUGUCGGAGCCGUACGACGAGCGGUACAUCUGGAGGUGCACGCUGACGUAUAAGCUGCGGCAAAACAAGGUGCUCUCUCCAGUAGUAGAAUGGGAACACGUGUACAUUGAUACCACGGACCCGUGGAUUAGCGGCUCACUAGCCUACCACGCACCCUCAGAAACACUGUAUUUCAUCGGAGGUUUCAAAAGUUUCUAUGAGCCGUACACGUACGACGAAUACAUGACGAAAAUCGAAGGCCUUGACCUGAAGUCGAUGAAAUUGGUCAAGUGUGGAAUGACGUCAAGCAGGCUCAUGAAAAACGGAAGUAACGGAGAAGCUCAGGCAGACAAGGAUAAAAAGACGGAGCCAUACUCAGUUAGUAAAUGCUUCCCAUAUAAAAGAAUGACACACCGUUUAGUUAAAAUGACCGAGGACGAUUAUUUGCUAGUGGGACGUCACGCGAGUGGAAAGUGCAGCUGUGAAAUCUGGUAUUGUAACCUGAAGGAGCUCGUAUGGCACAAGGCAUUCGACAUGGACUCAGGAGCAAUAUGCGGCUUCGGCGCGUGCCUGGUGCGCUAUGAGAAGGGAAACUGCAAGCACAUGGAACUGUGGAUGGCAGGAGGAGGGAUCCCGCUGGGUUAUACCUUCGGCUCGGUCUACGACCCGCCAGUUAGAAUCGUGCUCUACUGCAACAAUAACUGCACAGGAAACGUGGCCCACGACUGCGCAGAUGACGCUGAUAUUCUCUGCGACAACGACGCCUCUACAGGAUCUGAAGAUGGCUACAACGCCAUGGGAAUGUACAUAGUGGUUGAAGACCAGACAAAGUUGAAGAAGAUUAAGACGCUCUGUGAACACAACGGAGUUUUUGACAAGUCGAGGAAAAUAGCGGAGUUUAGCAGCGCGAGCACGUAUUUCUUCCACUACGCAACGUGCAGCGACAACUCGGGCAUUAAGCUGUGCUCAAAGUGCUACGAAAGGAGCAGGUGUGGAUUCUGCAACUGCUGCUCCUCCUGUAGCAGAGCAAAGUACGUCUCGGAGAAGCCGUGCUUCCUCGUGCCGGUAUUGAGAAGGUUCGAACACAACGAACUGGACGGCGCGCCGACUUUCAACGUGUUCUCAAACGCACACCUGAGUAAGAAGUCCUCCCAGAACCCGAAAAAGAAGCUGCUGUCGAUCAUCAAAGGCAAGGUAAACGAAGGCGACGUCGACGCUUCAGUCAUGGGAACGGCGCUAUUGAUAACGAGUAGCCUGAAUCAGUACAUUUGCCCAAGCAAGAUUGACUGGAAAAUGGUGUCGACUGAAUUCAACGUGAAGUCGGUGGCCGUGGCCGGAGAGAUCGAAGGCGAAAAGAGACAGAGGCGCGUAGAAUUGUUGUACGGGCCCGAAGAAGUAUCGGUCAAGGAAAACGGAGUAACAUACCACUUUAACAUCACCAAAAACAUGUUUUCGAAGGGGAAUUCAUAUGAAAGGAUACGACUGGUCAAAACAUACUUCAAUCAGCCAGCACAGGAUUCAGUUGAAAAUGCAGCCUCCACAAGGAGUGAGCUCAUAGUGGAUUUUUUUUGCGGAAUAGGCUACUUUAGCGUGCCCAUCCUGAAGUUCACGGACAAAGGGAGGGUCUCGAAGAUUCUGUGUGUGGACAUAAACGCCGAGGCGAUCAAGUACAUAAACAAGAACUGCGAGUCAAAUAUGAUUGACAAGAACAGGAUUGAAACCCACGUCGGGGACUGCUCGAAGUUCGGAGAGGCCUUUGGAGCCAAUUACGUGGGCAAGGCCGACAGGGUACUGCUGGGACUGCUGCCGAGUUCCGAGAUAGGCUGGAUUCCAGCGCUGCGAGCUCUGAAUAAAAAGGACGGAGGGACACUGCACGUCCACGGGCUGACGGAGUGCAAGUCGACCCUUAAGUUUCCGCCCAUAAAGUCCUCUGAGGAUUGGGAAAGCUACGUCCUAAGCAACGGUUACGCAGAUCCUACCGCUAAAGGAGAGGCUUCGUUUGAAAGACCCGUUAAAAACUUUGGCCUAUACGUGCUUAAAAAGUUCCACCAGUUGAGUAACACGGUUUGUUGUAUGAGUCAGUUUUGUUGGUCACUCGAGGUCAUACACUCAAGGUCGGUGAAGCACUAUUCGCCUAACAUGUACCACGGAGUUGUUGAUUUAAAAUUAACUCCGAUUCCUUCAAGCUCCUAA